UUUCUUCGUUUCGAAAGUUUCGAGGCAGACUGGACGUGAGACAUUUUUGCGUUUGCUCGAAUAUCCAAAUGGAUAGUUCUAAUUAAAUGGUUAGACCUCAAGAGAGAGUCUCCGAUCCCAAAUUCCCAAUUUCUAAAUAGAGCCAGCCAUUUUAGACGGGGCGGUUGAGCGCACGGAGUAUAGAGCGGCAGACAAUGAUCUCCGACGGAGUCGAAGACGAAGAGAAAUGGCUUACCGCUGGGAUCGCCGGCCUCCAGCAGAACGCCUUCUACAUGCACCGUGCCCUGGAUUCGAACAAUCUUCGAGACGCCUUGAAAUACUCUGCUCAGAUGCUCUCCGAGCUUCGGACUUCGAGGCUUUCCCCUCACAAAUACUACGAACUCUACAUGCGGUCAUUCGAUGAGUUGAGGAAGCUGGAGAUGUUCUUCAAGGAAGAGGCUCGCCGUGGCUGCUCCAUUAUCGAUCUGUACGAGCUUGUGCAGCACGCUGGUAACAUUUUGCCCAGAUUGUAUCUACUCUGCACGGUAGGAUCUGUAUACAUCAAGUCUAAGGAAGCUCCUGCUAAGGAUGUUCUCAAGGAUCUUGUGGAGAUGUGUCGAGGCAUUCAACAUCCUGUACGCGGGCUAUUUUUAAGGAGUUACCUUUCUCAAGUCAGUCGGGAUAAAUUACCUGAUAUUGGUUCCGAGUACGAAGGAGAUGCUGACACCGUCAUAGAUGCUGUAGAAUUUGUACUCCAAAACUUCACAGAAAUGAAUAAACUUUGGGUGCGGAUGCAACAUCAGGGACCUGCCCGGGAAAAGGAGAAGCGGGAGAAAGAAAGGAGCGAGCUGCGUGAUCUUGUUGGGAAGAACCUGCAUGUUCUCAGUCAGAUUGAGGGCGUUGACCUUGAUAUGUACAAAGACACUGUUCUUCCCAGAGUCUUGGAGCAGGUUGUAAAUUGUAAAGAUGAGCUUGCCCAACACUACUUGAUGGAUUGCAUAAUCCAAGUGUUUCCUGAUGAGUACCACUUGCAAACUCUUGAUGUACUACUGAGUGCUUGCCCUCAGCUUCAGCCAUCUGUUGACAUCAAAACGGUGCUAUCCCAGUUAAUGGAAAGGCUUUCAAACUAUGCUGCUUCAAGUGCUGAAGUGUUGCCUGAGUUCUUGCAAGUCGAAGCAUUCUCCAAAUUGAGCAAUGCCAUUGGGAAGGUGAUAGAAGCACAUGUUGACAUGCCUACCAUUGGAGUUGUAACUUUAUAUUCUUCUCUUCUCACGUUCACUCUUCACGUCCACCCUGAUCGACUUGAUUAUGCAGAUCAAGUGUUGGGAGCAUGUGUUAAAAAACUCUCUGGCAAAGGAAAGAUUGAAGACAGCAAAGCAACAAAACAGAUUGUUGCACUUUUAAGUGCUCCGCUUGAGAAAUAUAAUGAUAUUGUCACUGCCUUGAAGCUUUCAAACUAUCCCCGUGUCAUGGAAUACUUGGACACUGAAACGAACAAAGUCAUGGCAACUGUUAUAAUUCAAAGCAUUAUGAAAAACAAAACGUGUAUAGAAACUGAGGACAAGGUUGAGGCAUUGUUUGAAUUAGUCAAGGGACUUAUCAAGGAUUUAGAGGGGAAUCUUCAAGAUGAGAUUGAUGAGGAUGAUUUCAAGGAGGAGCAAAAUUCUUUUGCACGUCUCAUUCAGAUGCUUUACAAUGAAGAUCCUGAAGAAAUGUUUAAGAUAAUUUGCACAGUAAGGAAGCAUAUCUUGACCGGAGGGCCAAAGCGUCUACCCUUUACUAUUCCUUCUCUCAUUUUCUCCUGUCUCAAGUUGGUUAGGCAGUUACAAGGCCAAGAUGAAAAUCCUUUCGGGAAUGAAACGUCAACUACUCCAAAGAAAAUUUUUCAGCUUUUGAAUCAGACAAUUGAGGCUCUGUCAAGUGUUCCUGCACCUGAACUUUCAUUACGGCUGUAUCUGCAAUGUGCUGAGGCUGCAAAUGACUGUGACCUAGAACCUGUUGCUUAUGAAUUUUUCACUCAAGCAUACAUUCUGUAUGAAGAAGAAAUUUCGGAUUCUAAAGCACAGGUGACUGCAAUACAUUUAAUAAUAGGAACUCUUCAGAGGAUGCAUGUUUUCGGUGUUGAGAACAGGGAUACCUUAACACACAAGGCAACAGGGUAUUCUGCAAAGCUUUUAAAGAAGUCUGAUCAAUGUAGAGCCGUUUAUGCAUGCUCAAAUCUCUUCUGGGUUGAUGAUCAGGAGAACAUGAAAGAUGGAGAAAGAGUGCUACUUUGCCUUAAGCGUGCAUUACGAAUUGCAAAUGCUGCUCAACAAAUGGCCAAUGCAGCACGGGGCAACACAGGAUCGGUGACACUAUUUGUUGAGAUACUGAACAAGUACCUUUAUUUCUUUGAGAAAGGAAAUCCUCAGAUUACUGUUUCCACAAUCCAGGGUCUGAUUGAAUUAAUUACCACUGAAAUGCAUAGUGACACUGCUACACCAGAUCCAGCUGCAGAUGCUUUCUUCGCCAGCACGCUGCGGUACAUCCAGUUCCAGAAACAGAAAGGUGGUGCAGUAGGCGAGAAAUACGAGCCCAUCAAAGUGUGACUGGCUUGGAAAUCUCAUAUCAGAGCUGCAGACAAGUUUUUAUUGGUGAGUGGUUCAGAAUUGGCAUUGACUCCCUUUUACAACCUACCAAUCAAGCAUAUGCGUAUUUCCUGAUGUUGAAAGUGGUUUUCUAUAUCCUAGUCAGAUGCAAUGUUGAAUUUAGGUUAGCCUUAAUUUUGUGAUAGGAAAAUCCAUAUGCUGACAAUGCCGCCCCCCCAUUUCUAUACUACAUCCAUCGACCCUUUUGUGCUAUUUACAAAUGUCAUGUAUAUGAGAUACCCUAGAGCUAUCUUUGCUCCGAGUUCUGUUCUUCAACUUUUGUACCAUUUCGUCUAUCCAGGGUGAAAACAUACAUAAAUCAAUAGACCCACAAUUCCACUUUCGUACAAUGCAA